ACAUUCUCAUGUUUACAGCUGACAACAUGGAUCAGAGAAUGCAGAGUUUUAAUUUGAUCCGAAGUAACCAAGAGAAUCUACUCGUCUGGCUGAGUGACAACCCCUCACCACUGCUGCGCUGGCUCUAUGACAGGAAUGUCCUCGGUCAGUCCCUGUUCCACAGUCUGUUGGAGAAGACACCCAGCAACAGCAUCGUCGCCCUCUUGGAUCACAUCUGUCAUGAUGGCAAAAGGAGUGAUGUGUUUCUGCAGGUCCUUUGGGAUGUCCAGGAGUACUACUGUCCAGAGCUGGGCGCCUGGCUUCAGGACCAGUGUGGCCUGCCGGGAGUGAAGGCCUCAGAAGUGGUGGACGCUGGUCUCCCGGAGACUAAACCUGGAAAACUGAAGAAAAUGCUGUUCUUUAAGUUUCGACACAAGAAGUACACGCUCUCCAAGACGGCUCAAGGUCAAUCAUCAAUUAAAGGCGCCAGUUUGAAAUAUCCACAAUGGAGAGUACCCCUGUCAAUUCAUAAGAAGAGCCUGGUAAGAAGAACCGGGAACAUCGUCGACCACAUAGAAGACUCCAAGUCACGAACGCACAUCGAGAUCCGCUACACCGACCUCUUUGUGACAGACGACGACCCCAGCUUGGAGAUUGAACAGCAUGAGUACUUCUCCCUGGCAAACAGGCGGGCCAGGAUCUACAACCACCACAAGUGCCAAAGGAUCUCACCCAGUGAGCUUCUGUCUCCUCUGCCAGGGCAGGACUGGAUGCCAAAGAGGGUCAAAGUGAAGGGAAUCGCCGGCAUCGGGAAGAGCAUUGCCGUGCAGAGACUGAUCCACGACUGGGCUUUAGGGGUCUCCAUGAGAAACUUCACGUGCGUCUUUGAUUUUACCUUCCGCGAGCUCAGCCUAACCGAGGCCCCCGUGAGUUUGGCGCAGCUGAUCAUGUGGAAGUUUGAUCACCUGACUGAGAUCCUUCCUGAUCUUUUUCAAGAGCCCGCCUACCUUCUCUUCCUGUUGGAUGGACUGGAUGAGUUCAAAUACAAGCUGAACUUUAACGUUCCAGAAAGGCCCGUGGAUGUCCAUACAGAAUUACCCGUGGGGGAUCUGGUGAGCUAUCUGUUCAAGGGGAGCUUGCUACCGGAAUCUUCCGUGAUCAUCACCACACGCCCCUCGACGGAAAUCCCCCGGAAAUAUUGUCACCGUUGUUCGAUCAUCCUUGGGUUUGAGCAGAAGCAGGUCGAGGACUACUGCUUCAAGUACUACCAGGACCCGGAGCUGAGUAAGGCCGUCUACUGCUACAUAGCGAACAACGACACCCUCUUCGGCUUGUCCUUCAUUCCUCUUUAUUGCUACAUCAUCUGUACAGCACUUAGUGAAUUCUUUACCCGAUGCCCUAAAGACACUAAUAUCGACCUUAGAGUCCCAAAGACGGUCAGUGAGGUCUACCUCUGCUACCUGUACACGGUCAUUAGGCAUCAUGUGCUCAGAGGCGAAGAGUGUGUCAGCAGCUCAAAGGACGUGGUCUUCUCGGCAGUCAAAAGGGAUUUACUUCAGCUCAGCAAAUUUGCCUACCAAAGUCUCAUGAGCAACAAGAUUCUCUUUGAAAAGGCCGACUUUGAGUCAUUCGGCAUGCCCCUCCAGGACCUCCCAACCUCCUUCUUCAGCCAGAUUCUGAUCCAGGUGAAGGAAGAGCAGGUUCAGAUGUUCGCAUUCUUCCACAUGACCAUCCAGGAGCACCUUGCUGCUCUCUAUGGCGCGACGGAGGUGGGCGAGGAUGACCUCGUCGAGGCGCUCGACCUCUGGUGUGGCGGCGCUUAUCUGGAAGACCCUUGUAGCAGUGAAUUUCUACAGACGUCAAAGGAGCUGCUGGACGUGAGCAAGCUGGAAAGCUUGCAGAUGUUCACCAGGUUUUUUUCUGGUCUCCUAGCAGCCAGAUUGGGAGGGCAGCUGGGAGGUCUGGCGGCACCCCUGGGCAAUGAAGUCAUGGUGGAGCUUGGCAUGUGGUUCGGCAGGCAGUUCCAGAAGAAGCUGUCCAACCAGCAGGUGCUGAACCUUCUGCACUGUCUGAUGGAGCUCCACCAGGAGAGCGUGGUGAAAAUGGUGGCCCCCCACAUCAAGAAACUUCACCUCUUCAAAAUGACUCUGAAUGUGGUGGACUGCACGGCCCUCUGCUACGUGAUCCGUCACGCAUGCCACGACCUGGAGGAGCUGAACCUGGGGUACUCCAACAUCGGUCAUGAAGGACUCAAGAGGCUGCAGCCCAUUCUGCACAAGUGUGAAUUGCUCUUUCUCCGCUACAACUGCCUGGACAAGGAAGCAGCGGCUUUGGAGUCCCUCAUACUCAAAUCACCCUCCUGUCACGUAAGGAAGCUUUACAUGUGCGGAAAUAACAUUGGUUGUGAAGGCGUUUUGGAACUGUGGACGGCCCUGAAGGACAACAGCACAGUGGAAGAGCUUUAUCUGGACAUCACCGGCAUCACCGAGAGAGGAACUGAGAACAUCGUGGAGUGUCUGAGCAACAACAAGACGCUGAAGAGUCUGACGUAAGUCACCGGCCCUUUCCGCGACAUCUUGGACUUUCCACGCGCUCAUCUCUGCUGCACUCAAUUUAGCUCUUUGGCUGUGUUUCCUAUAAGUUUAGUAAAAUGGAGACUUGUCACCUAAAGGAAAAGUGAAGGCGCAAGUGAUACAAUAGGGAAGUGACAAAAGUCCAAAAUGACGGCUCCGGCCCUCAGCUAGUUGCUUAUCGUGUGAAAGCUUCCCGACUUGUCUGCUAAGAUUUUGCUCACUUCUCGCACCACUUUCUUCCUUUUCUUGUAUCCUUUUGUCCCGUUCCUAGCCCCCCAAACCUAACCCAGAGAGUCUUGUUUUGUUUUUGAAUGUUAAUUACUUUGCCAUUUAUAAGCUCCGCCUUUUCAUUUCAUUCCAGUUGCAUUCAUUUCAAAUGCAGACCCCCUCACCUCAGUCUACAGCUGGCUGGCUCUCCAGUAUGUCACUGUGCCAUUUGUCCCUUGCGGUGCUCCUCCUCUCUUUCAUAAAUCUAAUCUUUUCAAAUCCGAUUUGAGUCCUUUUUCUAUCUGUUCCUAAAUCGGUUACGUUUAUGAUUUGGAGCCGCGCGUCAUGAAUGAGAACAGCAGGAUCACAAUCCAUGCGUUUCUUUGCCUGUACACGGAGCAGGUUUGGGGAUUUUUGCUGCCCAAAGUGCCUCGUCACCCCCUUUGCUUUGAGAGGAGU